GGAGAGCCGGGUUGCGGAGCCCAGGCGGGCAGCCCCAGUCCGCAAGACCUCGGCCGCCGGCAACAGGCCGCUCCCCCGGAGGAGAAGCGGGAGAGCCACGCAGAAUGUAGCACCAGUCGCAGGGUAUCAUGGGUCUUGUAGUUCGGUGGCUCAUCAGGCUCGCCGCCUUGGCUGGGUGAUUCGGGCCGAGAACUACAAAGCCCAGCGGUCCGGAGCGCGGCGACAGACUGAUAAAUUGGGAGCUACUCAGAUGGUGUUAAAGUGACUCUUUGUCUGCAGGGGGCUCCGGGGUGGUCGCUGGAUUGGGCGCUGUGCGUCGGGCGGGGGUAGCGCAGGUGAGCCUCAUUGCUGCGCUCCAGCCCCGCAGCCUCUGCACUCGCGGCCCCGCUCCAUCGCCACCGCGCGGGGCCUGGGCCUCCUAGGGUGCUGCCUCUUGGUGCAGAACCGUAUGUAUGGCGCAAGGUCGAUGCGAGACCCGACAAAGCCUUCACUAAAAGGCCUUUGCCUUUCCCUGUGAAUCUCUAGGUGUCUGAAAGAAGAUGAAUUUGGCGGAGAUUUGUGAGAAUGCGAAGAAAGGCCGGGAAUAUGCGCUUCUGGGAAAUUAUGACUCGUCAAUGGUGUAUUACCAGGGAGUGAUACAGCAGAUCCAGAGACACUGCCAGUCACUGAGAGACCCGGCCACCAAAGCCAAGUGGCAGCAGGUACGGCAGGAACUCUUGGAAGAAUAUGAACAGGUUAAGAGUAUCGUCAGCACUUUAGAAAGCUUUAAGAUGGACAAGCCCCCUGACUUCCCCGUGUCUUGCCGAGAUGAACCGUUUAGAGACCCUGCAGUAUGGCCACCCCCUGUCCCUGCGGAACACAGAGCACCCCCUCAAAUCAGGCGUCCAAAUCGCGAAGUGAGGCCUCUGCGGAAAGACGUGGGGGCAGGAGCCCGGGGACUCGUGGGCCGAGCACACCAGAUAUCGAAGAGUGACAAACCUGCAAGUCGGGACAAGGACUAUAGAGCAAGAGGGAGAGAUGACAAGGCAAGGAAAAAUGUGCAAGAUGGUGCAAGUGACAGCGAGAUUCCCAAGUUUGAUGGCGCCGGGUAUGAUAAGGAUCUGGUGGAAGCCCUGGAGAGGGACAUUGUGUCCAGGAACCCUAGCAUUCACUGGGAUGACAUAGCAGACCUGGAGGAGGCUAAGAAGUUGCUCCGGGAAGCUGUUGUCCUGCCCAUGUGGAUGCCUGACUUUUUCAAAGGGAUUAGAAGGCCAUGGAAGGGUGUGCUGAUGGUUGGCCCCCCAGGCACUGGUAAGACUAUGCUGGCUAAAGCGGUUGCCACUGAAUGUGGGACAACCUUUUUCAACGUGUCCUCUUCUACCCUGACAUCUAAGUACAGAGGCGAAUCUGAGAAGUUGGUCCGACUGUUGUUUGAAAUGGCUAGGUUCUAUGCCCCUACCACGAUCUUCAUCGACGAAAUUGAUUCUAUCUGCAGUCGAAGAGGGACGUCUGAUGAGCACGAGGCAAGCCGCAGAGUCAAGUCGGAGCUCCUCAUCCAGAUGGAUGGAGUUGGAGGAGCCUUAGAAAAUGAUGACCCAUCCAAAAUGGUGAUGGUCCUGGCUGCUACGAACUUUCCGUGGGACAUUGAUGAGGCUCUGCGCAGGAGACUAGAGAAAAGGAUUUACAUUCCUCUCCCGACAGCAAAAGGAAGAGCGGAGCUCCUGAAGAUCAGCCUCCGGGAGGUAGAGCUGGACCCCGAUGUCCACCUGGAGGACAUCGCCGACAAGACGGAGGGCUACUCGGGUGCCGACAUCACUAACAUCUGCAGGGACGCUUCUUUGAUGGCGAUGAGGCGGCGCAUCAAUGGCUUGAGUCCGGAAGAGAUCCGGGCCCUGUCCAAGGAGGAGCUGCAGAUGCCUGUCACCAGAGGGGACUUGGAGUUGGCUCUGAAGAAAAUCGCCAAGUCUGUCUCAGCGGCAGACCUGGAGAAGUACGAAAAGUGGAUGGUUGAGUUUGGGUCUGCAUGAUUGGUCAGCUCUUCCAUCUCUGGGAGUUUUCUUUAUGAAAUGUGAAGAAAUUCCUGAAAUUAAAAAAAAAAAUCUGGAAGUUUUAAUCAGAGGAAUCUUCACUUGAAGGCCAAACCAAAACAGAAAUGCCAGAGGUACAGAGAAAUGUAGUUGAGAAACAAGGUAUGAUCAUACAGUCUGCUGGCUCCAGGCUACCAAACCUCAUACUUGUGUACAGAAUAAGAGAGCCAGUGGCCCGGGCUGAAGGGGUAGCUCUGUGCAGGGAGGGCCUUGUUUACAAAGCAUUGGCAGAGUUUUCUUGCCCAUACGUGCACUGACUGGUAGUUUGGAAUUGUCACUUUGAGUGGAAUGAUCACAAGUUCUUCAGGAAUAAUUUUUAAAUCUCUAGAAUCUAAUACUUCCUGUUAGAGUUGAAAAUGUAGUUAGUACUCACUCCUCUUAGCUUACCAGUUCCUCUGUUAGCUGCCGCCUUACAUCCACCAGGGAAGAGUCUCUGACCGACUGCUCCGUUGACAUUUGCCCUGGCCUGUAGUCUCUGUGCCGGGGCCUCUCCUGCUUCCUUUGCAAUGAUGGGAAGAGCCCUUCUUAGUUAGCAGCAGCCUUCAGCCUUUGAAGUCCUCACUCUUCCUUCAGUACUCUCAAGUCAAUAUGGCUACUGUUUUUUCUCACCUCCAACACUGUGUGCUUUUGUAGAAUUUAACCUGUUUAGGUCGGUAAUCUGAGUUCCAAACAAGACUAGUCUCCUAGGCGAAUGCAAAAGAACCUUUCCCCUCUUCUGCAUGUGAGCGAGCAUUCUGCCAGCACGCAUGUCUGUAUACCACAUGCAUGCAGUGCCCGAGGAGGCCAGAGAGGACAUUGGGUCCCCUGGUUCUGGAAUUACAGGGUGUGUGAGCCACCGUGUGGAUGCUGGGAACCAAACCCAGGUCUCUACAAGGGCAGCCAGUGUUCUUAACGGCUGAGCCAUCCCUCCAACCCCACAAACAGAACCUAUGAACUUGUGCAUGCAGUGGGACUAGAGCAGACAGCUGCCAUGCUCGUUAGAUGCGGAGUAACCAGGAAGGAGGAUCUCAGACAGGGGCCGCAUGAGUGUGGUCACACGCACUGUGCCCUGAUGUCCGUUCUCUGUGAUUAAUUACACCUGCCCUUCUGGAUCACCAGGCAACCUAUGCUUCAAAAGUUUGUCUAAUAAUAUCCUGAUUCUCGAGCCUAUUUUAAGCUAUAUACUAUAUACACCUUAGAGGCACUUUUAAAAACUCCUAGUAUGUUGCUUAAGAUAUUUGACCCCUUUUUCUUACUAAAACCUAUAAAUGCAUCACGCUCUUUUCAGGAGACAUAAGCCCGACUCUCUAAACUCUUGGAUUCAUCUGAUUACUGUAAAUUUCCCCCUUUCUUCUGAGAGGGAGUGAAGGGCCCCAGCAGGCUGACCAUUGCACACACAGCGGAGCAUAGCAGACAUGGCACUGACAGGUUUUGUCGUUUACCCCUCUCCCCCACUGAGCUGUUAGCUUGAUCCUGAAGCUCACUACCAAGGUCUGGCCCCUUAUUCAGUCACUGACUCAUUCCUGAGACCGAGCACCAAGGUCUAGCUAUCAGAAUUCAGUAUUUCGACUAACCUAACUAACAUAACCAACCAGAUCUUACCAGCACGUUCUCGCUCACUCUAAGACAGAGCUCCCCCUUUCCUCUUACGAUUAACACCUGCAAAGCUAUUUACUGUUGUUUCUGUGUAAUUCAGACUCAGCCACCUUGUCUCAUCUCUCUGCCUUGCUUAAUAAAGGAUCUCUUUGCAUUUGGCUUGUGCUUGGACGGAGGUGUUUGGAUGUGGUCUGUGCCUAACCCGGGGUCCAGAGGGGAGCAUCCCACAGUGCACAGGUCCCUUCGUAAGGAUUAUAAAAUUUCAAAUCAAAAGACAUUUGUAAUGGGACUAAUUUUAAAAUUAGACUGAGAGACUCUUCCUUCCAUGAACAAACUUGCUUUUAUUUAUUUACUUUGAGGAAGAGUCUGACUCUGUUGCCAAUGCUGGUCUUCAGCUGUUUCAGCCUCCCAGUAGCUGGGACUGAUUAUUGAUAAAUGCUUAAAAUAAACAACUAAUGUGGAAGGCUGAUGCAGGAGGAUCCAUAGGAAACAGAAACAGCCCAAAUGCCCCCCAGCUGCUGAAAGUAUGAUGAAAAUAUCACACACACACACACACACACACACACACACACACACACGAAGAGUCUGAAGCCAGCUUGUGUAGACUAGCAAGGCCCUAUCUCAAAAAUCAAACAGAAAGAACCCCAUUCAAUCCUCUUGUUGUAUUUCAAAAAGAAGGAAGGAAGGAAGGAAGGAAGGAAGGAAGGAAGGAAGGAAGGAAGGAAGGAAGGAAAAGAAAAAAGAAAAGAAAAGAAAAGAAAGAAGAAAGAGAAGGAAGGAAGACCGACCUUCUCUAUAACCCUGCUGGUUGGCAGACCUUUCCUGGCUCUGGCAUUAGUUACCUUUGCAUAAACCCAUUUUUUUUCUGGAGUCCUCAUGCACCCACAGUACAGGCCUGCGUCUACGCUAGGGUAGGUGGUGGUCUGUAGUUAGUAAGUCACAUGUGCGCUCCCUCCAUCCCUCCCUCCUCACAAGCUGUCAGUAGACGGCACAGAUCUGUAAGAGGCCGGCCACUCAGAUGUCUCUCUCCUGUAAGACAUGCUGUCCACACAUUGUCACUGCCAUGGCGGCAGGAAGCAUGUUACUCUGCACACAGUAGGAAACAGGAGCUCUGGGGCAGCAGCACAGGGGCUGGUGUGUGCACAGUUGUUUCAUCGUCCCAUCAUGGGCACACCGUGCUGGUCACCCUCGCUGUGUAGAUGGUGGGUGGAGGCUACGUGACUUGCCAAGUAGUGCUGGACCCUGAAGCUGUGGCUGGACAUUUUCUCCAGUAACUGCCUCUCCUGGCUCCUGCUACUAAAGCACGAGUUUAGUUUAUAACUGGAGAGACAGCGAUCUGUGUGUUUGGAGAAGAGAAUAUACAGAAAGGUUUUCCCCUUUGCUUUUCUUUUGAAACCUUUGAUUGGUUUUAAAUUGUUUAAAAUGAGUUUUAAACAAUUAAACAGUUUGCUUAAACAAUCAAACAAUUGUUUGUUUAAACACACCAUUAAAAAUCAAUCGAUGAAAGAUCUAUUUCAGUGCACCCACUUUAUCAUUUUUGUGCCACGAUUAUACGUGUGAUUAUGCAAAGCAUACACGCAAGUAAUGCGAUUACUGUGAAAGCUUCCAUAGUUUCCUUUUUAAAGAAAGUAAGAUAAUAUUGGUGAGAUGUCCCAGACAAAUGGAAGCUGUGGCCUCCUAGUUACGCAGGUUAGGAACAGGUGACAUCACAGGCCUUCCACCCAUGAGUUCCAUCCUUCAGUAGAGUGACCCCAGGCAACACAUGGCCAUCAGAAAUGCCAGACUGGGACAUCCUGCCGGGGCCUUCACAGGAGAGCCUGGGUCACAGUUCAGUCACACAGCUGUCUAACUUUCAGGGAGUUCACCAAGUGGGGUGGAGUAGGGAAACCAGCACCCACAAGCAGUCAAGCAGGCACACGGAGGCCUAAAACAAGCAGCCGCCCAGGAGUAUGUGUGAGCCCAGUUUACAGUAUUAAUUGUCGCUGGUUAUCCCUGUGUGUAUUGUGACUCUGUGGGGAGUCAUUGCCUCCUUAGCUCUUGGGUAUCUGAGUUCAUGAGGCUUCCUUCCUUAGAUACACUACAGGAUCAGGCAGGAGUCUGCCCAGGUAACCUCCUCCUUGCCUCACUUGAGAGGCAGGCAAAGAACUGGGCCUGUCAUUUGCAUAGUGGUCUUGGCUCUGGCCUCCUUAGUGAGGUCUUUUUUGGUCUCUUCAUACACACACACACACACACGCACACAGGCCCCCAAUAAUAAUAAUAGUACAUUUCUACUGUUUUCUUAUUAAAUAUAGAUCACAACUAGGGUAUGACUCAUGCUUUGGGAUAAAAUGUUAGGUGGGAGUCGACCUUUUCUAAGAAAAGAUCUAACUGUGGCGAACUGGAAGAAUCUGGACUAUUCCAGCUUUCUAGUGUCUUUGUUUUGUUGCUUAAUGUUUGCAUGUACAAUGUUUUAAAUUUGUGACACAUAUGAUACUUAUGUCAAUCUAAGAGUCCACCACAACAGAAGAAAAUAGGACCAAGUUGAAGGAUGCAUUGGGGGCAAAUUAACCCUCACCGGGACCGCACUGAUAUUAAAGUUGAAGGAUGGGGGGCGGGGGAGGGGACUAAUCCUCAUGGGGACCACUCAUCCACACCGAUUAUUUCUGCAGUUUAUUUACCUCAUAAUUAUUACAUGUUUACUUAUUUAUGUGUUUAAUUUAGGCUUUCCUUAUUUAUUUAAUUUUUGGGUCACUUGCUUUUGAUAUUAUUUCUUAAUGUGGAAACUGAGUAUUUAAAAUAUUAGAUCUGUAUGGUGAUAUGUUUUUACACAUUUACUUAGUAGUAAUUUGAAUUUUUACCAGUUUAUUUUUUUUUGAAAAAUGUAGUUUUGAUGAUAAUUCUCAUUUCAGGUGCCUUAUUAAUAAAAGCUUAUUAAGAGGA